CAUCAAAGGGCAGAGCUCGACUGCGCAUGCUCAGCAGUGCCUCGUCCAAGAUACGCGGCCACAGCGUGCAAUCGCAUGCGUGAGUGCGUGAGUGUGUCGCGCGUGCCCGCGUGGUCGCCUGCUCGCUCGCUCGCGCACGCAAGUCGAGUUUGUAAUUAUAAUAUUCGAUCGUCACCUGGGUCGCCGUGCAUGCGCGCGCAGUGCUCGUCUGCCAGCCAGACGAGCCACUGCUGCGCGCGCACAUGCUUGCGGUUUCCGGAAUGCGUUUGAUGGCAGGAGAUCGUCUGCGUGUGUAGCAGUGAGUUGGACUUUAUGACCACCCGUUAAACCACCAAAUAUAUUUAUACAGCGGCACCCAGACCUGCAGUCGCCUGCUUCCACCCCGGCCUGGCGCUGACGGCCUCCCACAAAAAGUAAAUGAUUGGAAGGAAGCAGAUCAGCGACACUCAAAUGGGAUUUCAGCACGACUUCCAUUAAAGCUCGUAAAUUGAUUGCCGAGUCCCUGGUGCUUCACUCCUCAUAAAACACCUUUGCGACAGGUGUAGCAAUGGCGUCUUCUUACUGGACGUGUCGAUUGUUUCACAGCACGUGUGAAGGUGAUGGUCAACACUCACAGAGACGUAUAGACAGCAUUGAAUAUGCCAGAUGCCUCCAAGAAAGGAUUAAUGAGCAAAGAGCAGCAAUGGACGAAGUGCUCCCGUUUCACCAGAUGCUCGUCUAAACUUCCAUCUAGAUGCACAGAGGCGACGCCAGCAGGCUCAAGCGUCUAAAUAUUUCAUUAAGCUGUGUGCAGCGAGCGCCACCUAGCCGGUCGCUUGUCGAUGGUGUAGACCACCUUUAUCACAGCUUUGGGUCUCGGAGUGUGCUUUCGUCCUUUGGUUGUUUUUAUGUCACAUGAUUUCGAGGUGCCGGAGCGCAGAUCGAGAAAUGAACGAAGAACAAAUCUCUCUGGAGCCAACAUAGAAGCAAAUAGGGAGAGGGAGAGAAAAAGAAAAAAAAGUAGUUUUCAGUGAUGGGGCCAGUAAGCAGAAUCAAACGUCUUUGUGGGAACUAGUGUCUUAGAAGGAAAUCCAGCCAAACGGGUGAGGCGUUGGAUCGAUGUAAAGGGUGAAGAUCAGAGGCUGGCUAUUUGUUUGCGCUCAUGUAACUGGUGAGUAGAGCAGCUGUGGACAGCGGGAAGUCUUGGAACCUCCAUCAAGCAGCUGUGGACAGCGGGAAUUCUUGCCACCUCUUUCAAGCAGCUGUGGACAGCGGGAAGUCUUGCCACCUCCAUCACUAUAUAUAUAUAUACUCCUUUUCGUCAUCAUCGUCGCGAUGGACAAGCAGAACGUCAGGACUCUUUCUCUCAUCGUCUGCUGCUUCACUUACCUCCUCGUGGGCGCCGCCAUCUUCGAUGCCCUGGAGUCAGAGAACGAGAUCAAGAUGCGCAACGCCCUGACGGAGAGAGAGAUGAAGAUUCAGGCCAAGUACAACAUCUCCCGCCAGGACCUGGAGGACAUCCGCCGCAACAUGAUUAGGAUGGUGCCCUACAAGGCCGGCACGCAGUGGAAGUUUGCAGGCGCCUUCUACUUCUCUCUUACAGUGGUGGCAGUCAUCGGGUACGGCCAUAGCACACCCCAGACUGUGGGUGGCAAGAUCUUCUGUAUGUUCUAUGCCAUCUCCGGCAUCCCGCUGUGCAUCGUCAUGUUCCAGAGUGUGGGCGAGCGGCUCAACAUCCUCCUCACCUACAUGCUGCAGAAGAUCAAGAAGUGCUUCAGGAGCAAGAACACUGAGGUCUCCCAGUCGAGCCUGCUGUUCAUCACUUUCAACAUCUCCUCCCUCAUCCUUACAGUUGGCGCGGCUAUAUUUUCCCAUUAUGAGGGCUGGCAGUACAUCGAUGCUUUCUACUACUGCUUCAUCACGCUGACCACCAUCGGUUUUGGCGACUACGUGGCGCUGCAGAGGGACAACAUGCUUAGUCGCCACCCGGACUACGUGGCCUUCAGCAUCAUCUUCAUCCUCUUUGGUCUGACAGUGUUGUCGGCCGCCAUGAACCUCCUCGUCCUCAGGUUCCUCACCAUCAACGUUGUCGAGGAAGAGUAUACGGAAACGGAGGGAACAGCGAUCCGCGUAGGCGAUGAUGUCAUCACGACCAACGGCAUGGUGGUCUCUGCAGCACAAGAGGCACCGGACCACUCCGAGCGUAUUUCCGUGUGCUCGUGCACGUGCUACACUCUGCGGUCUGGAAGAUUCCGGAGACGAAUAGAGAGCUCGGAUGCGCGCAAGGCUCGCAAAGCCUCGAUGCUCAUGUCCGGUGCGCAGGCGGACGCUGACGAGAGGACUUACAAGCCGUACGAGACAGAGGAACGAAUCAGUCUUGCCGAGGAGAACAUCACACAGUGGCGAGAUGUGUGUGACCGCAAACGAGCCUCCAUUUAAUUUGAGGUCGAGUCGUUCUCAGCAUCAGAUGUCUCGUUGGACAGUCUCACAGGAGGAACGGCCGACGAAACGGUCUAAGAGACAUUAAAGUUACUGAAAAAGGAGAAAACUCUGGGGAAAUAGAACACUAAGGAAAACUACUCUGGAAGCUGAAAUGUGGAGGGAAACAAUCACUUUCAACAAAAGUGCAGCUAAUUGUCGUUCGUUUUUUGUUUUUGUUUUUUUUUUUUUUUUCAAGUUCAGUUUUCAUCGAUGUUCUCUUGAAAGAAGAAUUUAAAUUCAUGAAGUAUGCGAGAGUUUGUGUGCGAGCUGUUUUGUUUAGUUCUCAGUCGUGUAGUGUGUGCAUUUAUGUGUACUUGUGUAUCUGUUAUUCUUCUGUGAACAACUAAUCUUGACUGCAGUUGCUACAAAAUGCAAACUUGGUGUUGUGUGUAUGUUGCUGUCUGCGGUACACGAUUGUCUAGUGCAAGGGAAGCAACUGGAACAAGGAAAAUGCUUAGUCUUGCAACAGCUGUCUCCCUUACCCUUUGAGAGCGACCUAAAGGCAGAACCAGGCAUAGAAAAUAAGUGGAAAAAAUUGCCACGUUGGCAACCUUCCUGUUAAAAUCGAGCAGAGGUAGACCUAUAUUUUAAAAUUUGAAAAGCAUUUAAAUUUUUUUCAACUAAUAAAAUGUAAUGAAACGGAGUGUUUGGUGAUCAAUAAACACUUAACAGGCACUUCUCGGUUUUGCAGAAAUAGGCAGUGUGUGUGUGUGUGUGUGUUCUGUUGUUGUUGUUUUAAUAAAAACAAAGCUGCUUCGAUACUUGAUACAUCACAUGUCUUUUUAUUUCUUAUCAAAAGGAGGUGAACAUUCGUGUGCCUCUAAAAAUUCUGUCGGAUAUAUUUGUGCGCCUGCUUCUAAUGACACGCUGAGUUUAUCUUCAUCUGCUUUCUUCUUCUUUACUGUUUGCACAGAAAGAGAUUUCACCAAAUAACACCCGAACAAUCGACUCUGUCCAAACUCCUGCAUUUACUUAAAAGAGAUGACACAAUUGUUUUUCUUCAUACCAGUUCAUACGAUCAUACCAGUGAGAUACAAGAAAGAUCUCUCUCUCUCUUCCAAACACUUGCUUUUCCGCAGUGACAGCACAUCCUGAACGAUGCUUUGUGGUGUUCGUGAAUAUAUUUGAGAUUCAGUGUCAUUAAACAGAAGACUUACCCUCCGCAGCGUUGAUUAACGACGAUAAACAACGAUCAGAGAACUGCUUUGUCCAACUGCUGUGUAGUAAUCGUCGGUUACUAUCUCUAGAACUACUAUUAAAAACUGAAGAUCAGAUGUGGAUUUACAAUCUGUGUGUACAUUACUCUGUAAAAAGUUCACCAUGUUAAUUUUAUUUUUAUUUUUCCUUCGAAAAUUAAAUAACUUAUUCUACAGAUUCCUCGUACGGAAUAAAGAAUGAAAUCAGA